AUGAACUUAGAUAAACUCAAGAAAAAGCGUAAGGCCGAAGAAGCAUUCGAGGAGUAUAAAUAUGUCUAUGGUAUCGUUACAACAGCCACGGACUGGUACUUCAUCCUGCAUAGCACUGAGGCUAUCUACUGUACGAGCAGGACCGAGUAUCGAGUUUCAUUGACAGAAGACGCUCUCGAGGAUCCAACCGAAUUGCGCAAGAGUGUGAAGAGGAUUUUGGAGGUUAUAGUGGGGUUAUUAAAAGAUAGGGUAUCAGCUAGUGAUGAGCCUGCGUCUAAGAAGCGUCGCGUAGAUUCAGAAAGACUGGAGAAUGAAGAGAGGGUGAUGGUCUCUCUCGAAAACCCCCCAUCAGAAUCCUCUAAUAGCUUACCAUCGACCAAGAAUGGUCCAUUUUUUUUACUUAGCGAAACGGCCGAUGAAACAGAGGUUAGGACAAAAACUGAUUAUAGAUGGGUAUUGGAUAGACGCAAAGUCGCUAAUUUGUAA